CCGUCAUAUCAGUGGCCCCUUCACUGGUUCUGUCAGAGGGCGGCACUGGUCUGAACUGGUGACGAUGGCCGAAGAUGUUUCUGAAGAAACUUUAACAAGUAGUUUAAACUUAUUGGUCAGUUUGGGUAAAGUUUUACUUCAGAACGCCAAACAGGACGCAGCAGCCUCCCUGCAGACCUUCAUACCUCAUAAAAUCACCACUUUGUUUGGCCUGAUCACAGCUGGAGCAGACUUCUACAGAAGCGUUGGAGUGAAGACAAAGACUGAAGCAGAAGCCGUUUGGAAGAAAAUGAGUGGGACUCCUUCCUGCAGAGCGUGGACGGAGGUCUGCAGCUGUCAGGAGGAAAGAUGGCCGACAGCCUGAGCCCUGACUGUGUGCUCACUGAUGCGCGGAGCGGAGCGAACGUGAGCCUCGGCCACUUCCUGGGUCGGGGUCAGAAGCUGCUGCUGGUUCUGAUCCGACACUUUGGAUGACUGCCGUGACGCGACCACGUGGCCGAGCUGCAGACCAGUCGG